CUUCCUGCUUCUCCUUCCCCCUCAGCGGCGCCAUGAUGGCGGCGGUCUCGGUGUUCCCGUCGCAGCGCGAGCUGGGCGCGGCGCUGGCGCGGCUGGUGGCCGAGGCGGCGGCCGAGGCGGUGGCGAGCGGCGGCCGCUUCGCGCUGGGGCUGUCGGGGGGGUCGCUGGUGCCGCUGCUGGCGCGGGAGCUGCCGCCCGCCCUCGGCGCCGUGCCCGGGGCCGACCCCGCGCGCUGGCUCGUGGCGCUGUGCGACGAGCGCCUCGUGCCGCCCGAGCACCCCGAGAGCAGCGGCGGCGCCUACCGGUCCCAGCUGCUGUCCCAGUUUCCCCCCCCCGGGCCCCAGUUCCUCUCGGUCUCCACUGACCUGGACCCGCCUGCGGCCGCCCAGGACUACGAGCAGCAGCUGCGCAGGGCGUUCCCAGGCUCGCAGAUCCCCCAGUUUGAUUUGCUGCUGCUGGGGGUGGGGCCGGACGGUCACACCUGCUCGCUGUUCCCGGGACACGCCCUGCUCCAGGAGCAGGAGGCGCUGGUGGGGGCCCUGCAGGACUCCCCCAAGCCCCCUCCCCGCCGGGUGACGAUGACGCUGCCGCUGCUCAACGCGUCGCGCUCGGUGCUGAUGGUGGCGGCCGGGGCGGCCAAGGCGCCCGUGAUCAAGAGGAUCCUGGAGGGGCAGGAGCAGCACCAGGAGCAGGGUCAGGGUCAGGGUCAGGGUCAGGACCAGGGUCAGGGUCGGGGUCUGUGCCCCCCCCCGGCCGCCCUGGUCCGGCCGCGCUCCGGCCGCCUGCGCUGGCUGCUGGACAGGGAGGCGGCCGGGGAGCUGCAGGGGCCCCUGGAAACCUGCCCUGGGAACAACUGAGAGUUCCAUGGAAAACACCCCUGGGAGCUGCAGAUCCCCCUGGAAAC